AGGUAGUUUACGGGUCGUGCUGCAGUUGUACACAUCAGACGAAUCGGCGCGUAAGUGCGUCCGACGACGCGUCGAUUGUGCAGCAAUAGCUAUCUGAUCGUACGCCAUGAACGUCGCGCGGUCGCCGACGGCAGUCCGGAUGCUGCGAAACUGGCCGGUCGGCCGCGUCCGUCKUCGACUUUGCGCUUAUUCGUCGUCAUCGGCGGUCAUCGUGACGCAGCGCGACGGCAACCGCGGUCGAAUGCGAAAACCCGACGACUGGAACCGCGCGGUAUCCGAGGCCGAGAAGAUCGUCGGCUACCCGUCGUCGUUCCUGAGCCUCAGGUGGCUGCUCAGCGACGAGAUAGCCAACGUCGCACUGCAUCUACGCCGCAUGGUCAGCUCCAACCACCCGCUACUGAAAACAGUCAAAGGGUUGUUGUACAACGGCCAGAGUAACAUGCAAGCUUGGGGAUUGAUCGUGCUACUUGUGUCCAAGGCAGCCGGUCAUAUAAACGUGGAAAGCUCGGCGGACGAAGACAAGUCGGGUGUUUUGCGCAGUCAAAGGGCACUGGCCGAGAUCGCAGAAAUGAUCCGCACAAGCCACCUGAUGCACAACGGUCUCAUAAAUAUUUAUUCAGAAAUGUUUCCUGAACCCACCAGCCACAACGACAUGAGCUUCGGCAACAAGAUUGGCUUGCUCAGCGGAGACUAUCUGUUGGCCAACUCUUUCCACGAACUAUCGAUGCUCAAAAACCAAAGCCUCAUGGAACUGAUCAGCAGCGCCCUGCGUGACCUGUCCGAGGCUGAGUUCUUGGGCCGCAGAGACUUGCAAAACAACCCACUGCCUUCACCGUUCGAACCGCUCGACCGAAACCUCGACUCGUCCCCGUUGCGGUUCGACCCGCUCCAGCCAUCCGAACUACUGCGGAGUGACAUGCCGCUUACGCCUGCUCUAUGCGAUUGGACCAGGCGCAACGUACUGUCAGCUGGUAGCCUGCUGGGAAAGUCCUGCCAGGGCGCGCUCCUAUUGGCCGGCCACAGCGAACAGUGGCAGAAACAGGGCUUUUUGUUUGGUAAACAUCUGUCUCUAGCUUGGCAGGCGUAUUUAGAUUUGGAACCAUUUUUAUCUGGUUCACCAUACUCGCUGGGAAUCUCUUUCAACCUGACUUCAGCACCAGUUAUGUUCCACCUUGAGCACGAUUCGUCAUUAUUUAAAGAAAUCGAUAAGGGCAUUAAUUCUAUUCAAGACGUCGAUUAUCUCAAGGUGCACGAUGUUGUACUUAAUGGUCCAGGAAUUAAUUAUACGAAACAAUUACAAAAGGAGCACUCAGAAAAAGCAAUAGAAGUAUUGAACGUUUUCGAAGAAAGCGACGCCAAGACAGCAUUAUCUAACAUAAUUGUCGCUAUGAACCGCGAAUAAGUAUUAUAAUAAUAAUAUUAUUAUAAGGUAAUCAGCCACCGCAGUGUUUGCCCCGCAUCGCAGGACUAUCUCAUUAUUAUUWUUUUUUUCAUAACUAAUUUAUUUGAAAUCUGAGUUUUAAAUAAAUGGCUGUUAGUUGUUUUUAUA